AUGAAAAACUCCUCACAGAUUCUGUUUUUCACUUUUAGUGCCUACUUUGACAUCGGGCCUUUGAAAUACUUCUUCUUCUCAGUGGUGAUGUGUCUGUAUGUUCUCAUCAUCUGUGCUAACUUGCUGCUGAUCUUGGUGAUCUGCAUGAACCGGAGCCUCCGUGAGCCCAUGUACCUCUUCCUGUGCAGCCUGCUGGUGAACGAGCUGUACGGCAGCACGGGUCUGUUCCCUCUGCUGCUGAUCCAGCUCCUCUCUGACAUCCACACCGUGUCUGUUCAGUUCUGUUACCUGCAGAUCUUCUGCUUGUACACGUAUGUGAAUGUGCAGUUUUAUAAUCUAGCUGUCAUGUCCUAUGACAGAUACCUUGCUAUCUGCUGUCCUCUGCAGUAUAACACUCGUAUGGGGACUCAGAAGGUCGUCGUCCUCAUCGCUCUGUCCUGGGUGUUCCCUCUUCUUGCGAUCGUUGUCAUGAUUUGGUUGAAUGCGUCUCUGCAGCUGUGUGGAAACAUCAUCGACAGGUUGUACUGUGACAACUUCUCUGUAGUGAAGCUGGCGUGCUUUGACACUACAGCCAAUAAUGUGUACGGACUCAUCUACACCUUCACUGUGUUAUUUGGCCUUACUGUGCUGAUCCUCUACACCUACACUAAGAUCCUUAAAGUCUGUUUCUCUGGGUCCAAGCAGACCCGACAGAAAGCUGUGACCACCUGCACCCCCCACCUCGCCUCGCUGCUCAACUUCUCCUGUGGGUGUUUCUUAGAGAUCGUGCAGAGCAGGCUGGAUAUGAGCAGUGCUCCUAUGACUGUACGUGUCUUUCUGUCUCUGUACUUCCUCAUAUGUCAGCCGCUCUACAACCCGUUACUGUACGGACUGAACUUAACCAAAAUAUACAACAUCUGUAAAAGUCUCCUUUUUAGAAAGGUGUGA